GCGGCUCCCGGGAUGGGACACCGGGGACGGGGAGCAGGACCCCGGGAUGGGGACACCGGGAACGGGGAGCAGGACCCCGGGAUGGGACACCGGGGACGGGGAGCAGAGCCCCGGCAUGGGAGCACGGGAGCUGCCGGGGCCGGGCCGGGCCGGUCGGGACGCGCAGCCGGGCUCAGGUGUGCCCAUGAGGCCGGCGGGGCGGCGGGGCAGCGGCGGGGCGGCGCGGGGACACGCUCGCCAUGGAGUUCACGGCCAUCGACUACAGCAUCUUCGCCCUGCUGCUGGUGCUCUCCUCGGCCAUCGGGCUCUUCUACGCCCUGAGCGGCGACCGGCAGCGCACGGUGCAGGAGUUCCUGCUGGCCAACCGUGACAUGGGCUGCCUGCCCGUGGCCCUGUCCCUGCUGGCCUCCUUCCAGUCAGCUGUGGCCAUCCUGGGCGUGCCGGCUGAGAUCUUUCGCUUUGGCACCGAGUACUGGUUCCUCGGCUGCUCCUAUUUCCUGGGGCUGCUCAUCCCCGCGCACAUCUUCAUCCCCGUCUUCUACCGGCUGCGCAUCACCAGCACCUAUGAGUACCUGGAGCUGCGCUUCAACAAGACCGUGCGGGUCUUUGGCACCAUCACCUUCAUCUUCCAGAUGGUCAUCUACAUGGGGGUGGUGCUCUACGCCCCCGCUCUGGCCCUCAACGCGGUGACGGGCUUUGACCUUUGGAGCGCCGUGCUGACCAUGGGGCUGGUCUGCACACUCUACACCACGCUGGGUGGCCUGAAGGCCGUCAUCUGGACAGAUGUGUUCCAGACGCUGGUGAUGCUGGCGGGGCAGGUCGCCGUCAUCGUGGUGGGCGCCUGGCGGGUGGGGGGCAUGGCCCGUGUCUGGCGCGUGGCUGAGCAGCAGGGCAAGAUCGCCGGCAUCGACCUGGACCCCAACCCCCUGGAGCGCCACACCUUCUGGUCGCUGUCGGUGGGCGGCGUGUUCAUGAUGCUGUCGCUGUACGGGGUGAACCAGGCGCAGGUGCAGCGCUACCUGUGCGCCCGCAGCGAGCGCCAGGCCAAGCUAUCGUGCUGUGCCUCAGCUGCCUCACGGGCCUCGUCAUGUUUGUCUACAACCUGGAGCACCCGCUGGCGCCCAGCCAGCGCCCUGCCUCCCCCGACCAGGUGUCCCCAGGUGUGCUCAGGUGUCCCGGCCGAGCCCCCUCCUGCUCCCUGUCCUCCCCAGCACCAUCUCCUCCGCCUUCAACUCGCUGGCCACGGUGACCAUGGAGGACCUGGUGCGGCCGCACUUCCCCGGGCUGUCGGAGUCGCGGGCCACGCUGCUCUCCAAGCUGCUGGCUCUCGGUUACGGGCUGCUGUGCCUGGGGAUGGCAUACGUGUCCUCCAUGCUGGGACCCGUGCUGCAGGCAGCCAUCAGCAUCUUCGGCAUGGUGGGGGGCCCGCUCCUGGGGCUCUUCUGCCUCGGCAUGUUCUUCCCCUGCGCCAACCCCACCGGAGCCGUGGUGGGGCUGCUGGCCGGGCUGGCCAUGGCCUUCUGGAUCGGCAUCGGCAGCUUCCUGCAGAGCACAGCGGGGGCCAAGGGGGUGUCCCCCGCCAACAGCACAGCACUGCCCACCGUGGGCAACCUCAGCGCUGUCCUGGCCACCACGCUGCUGCCCCCCAGCACAUCGGCACCCGCCCCGAGCCCCACGGGGCUGCAGCGCUUCUACAGCCUGUCCUACAUGUGGUACAGCGCCCACAACUCCACCACCGUCAUCCUGGUGGGGGUCCUGGUCAGCCUGCUCACCGGCCCCACGCCGCCGGCGGCCCUGGACCCCCGCACCAUCUCCCCCGUGCUGCCGUGGCUGCUGUGCUGCCUGCCCCCCAAAAUCCGGCGCUGGCUCUGCUGCGGGGCAGCCGGCUCGGCCCAGGCCGCCGGGCACGCGGGCACUGCAGAGAAGAGCCAUGGGGUGCCCAACGGGCUGUCCCCCCCCGGCCCCGAGCAGGGCGAGGAGGGACAGGGCUACGUCCGCAGCGCGGGUGCCCCCAUCUACGCCGUGCAGGAAACCUCCUUCUGAAGGCCUGGCCGGGGAUCCACACCCGGCUGGGGCAUCCUCAGGCGUGCCGAGAUGGGCGGGUGGGCGGGCUGCCCCUCCGGGGGCUCUGGGACCACGGCGGGGGGUGCGGGAGCGGUGCCCCUCUGCAGCCGGGGCGCUGUGCGGUGCCCCCGGCCCAGCCAGUGCCUUACACACCGCUCAGGGGCCGGGCUGCCCCGCCCCGGGGUGCCCCGCGCCCCCCAGCCCCGUCACCCCCUCGUGUUUGGUGUUCCCCAAUAAACGGUUCUGGAGCACAGGCCUGGAGGGUCCCAUGGAGCUCCCUGCUGUACCCCGGGACCCCCUGGACCCCCAGGGGGCUGUCCCUGCUGUACCCCGGGACCCUGUCACCCCAGGGGGCUGUCCCUGCUGCUCCCCGGACCCCCAGGGGGCUGUCCCUAUGUACCCCAGGACCCUGUCACCCCAGGCGGUGAGUGGGGUGUCUGCAG